AGCAGCUGCUGCAGACAAAGGCGCUGAGUCCCCCGAGUCAGCAGCAGCAGCACCAGUAGCAGCAGCAGCACCAGCAGCACCAGCAGCAGCACCAGUAGCAGCAGCAGCACGAGCAGCAGCAGCAGGAGCAGUGCCCGAGUGUUCCUCUGUAACUAAGGAAGCUGCAGCAGCAGCAGAAGCUAGAACAGCAGCAACUGCAGCAGCAGACGCAGCAACAGCAGCAGUAGCAGCAGAAGAAGCAGUAAGGGAAAACUCUGCAUCGCCCAGCAGUAGCAGCAACAACAGUAGCAGCAGCAGCAGCAGCAGCAGCAGCAGCAGCAGCAGCAAGACAUCUCCUGAUUCUCCUUGUAGUGAUGGGACGUCUGCUGCUGCUGAAUCCCUCUGCGCUACAGCAGCAGCAGAUACAGCAGCAGCAGCAGCAGCAGCAGAUACAGCAGCAGCAGCAGCAGCAGAUGCAGCAGCAGAACCCCCAUCACCAUCCCCCACAUCGCCAGCAGCAGCAGCAGCAGCAGCAGCAGCAGCAGCAGCAGAAUCUCCCCCAACACCAGCAACAGCAGUAGCAUCCCCAUCAUCCCCACCACCAACCCCACCGCCAUCACCACCAUCAUCAGCAUCAUCAGCAUCAGCAGCAUCAGCAGCAUCAGGAGCAUCAGCAUCAGCAGCAGCAGCAGCAGCAGCAGCAGCAGCAGCAGCAGCAGCAGCAGCAGCAAAAGAAGGGGAUUUGCUGCUGCCCCUGCAGCAGCAGCAGCAGCAGCAGCAGCAGCAGCAGCAGCAGCAGCAGCAGCAGGAGAGGGAGAGGGAGGGGAUAGAGGAUGAGGAGGAGGAGGAGGAGGAGGAACAGCAGCAAGAAUAUAUUAGCAGCAAAGAUUUACUACUUAUUGUUGCUGAUUUGCUGCUGCAGCAAUCUGCUGCUGCUGUUGCUGCUAAACAACCACAAGGAUAUAAUUAUACUAUUAAUGAUCAGCAGCAGCAGCAGCAGCAGCAGCAGCAGCAGCAGCAACAGCAGCAGAUACAUAUGCUGCAGCAGCAGCAGCAGCAACAGCAGGUUCAACAUUGUCUUGCUGCUGCUGUUGAUGAUGAUUAUGAUGAUGUAGAUGAUCAUAGGCAUAAAGGUGUUGAUGGCAUUGGAGAUGGGCAAGAAGUUAAGCGUCUUGAUGAGGGUGAUGACAUAACAGCAGCAGCAAGCAGCAGCAGCAGCAGCAGCAGCAGCAGCAGCAGCAGCAGGAGGAGGAGGAGGAAGUGUCGGUGUAGUGCAUGCAUAAUAGAGGAAUUAAGUUAUAAUCAAUUAGUAGAGAGAGUUGCGGUGUAUAGGCAGCUAACAGAGGACAUGCAAAAAACACCUGAUGGGGCUUUCUUGCUGCAGCUGCUGCAGCAAGGAGAACUGCAGCAGCAGCAACUAACAGAUAUACUGCAACAACAAGAUGAUCUACAGCAGCAGCGUCGUCAGGAACAGGAACAGCAGCAGCAGCAGCAGCAGCAGCAGCAACAGCAACAGAAACAACAACAAGAAGGAGAACAACAGCAACAGCAGCAGCAGCAGGAGAGUGUGCAGCAGACAUGGACAGCAGCAGCAAGAGCAGCACUAUUAGAGGAAGGGAGACAUUAUGAGGAAUUCUUGCUGCUGUCUCCUUCGCAGCUAACAGCAACAGGACUACGUGAGUUACGUCAAGGGUAUAGCCAACCAGCAGCAGCAGCAGCAGCAGCAGCAGCAGCAGCAGGGACAGGAGGAGGAGCAGCAGCAGGGACAGGAGCAGCAGCAGAGGAGCUACCAUUAAAUGUUCCUUGUGUCCUCUUUCGUAAUAAUCAUUUCUCUGUUAUAAUAAGACGUUUGCUUCCUGCUGCAGAGCAGCAGCAGCAGCAGCAUCAGCAGCAGCAGCAGCAACUGCAGCAGCAACUAGAUGAUAUAAAGGAACAACAGCAGCAAUUAUUACAACAGCAAGAGAAUCUACAGCAACAAAUGCAACACCUGCAGCAACUACUGCAGCAGCAACAGGAUCAACAGCAGCAAGAGCAGCACCAAGAGCAGCACCAAGAGCAGCACCAAGAGCAGCAGCAGCAGCAGCAGCAGCAGCAGCAGGAUCCUCUUCUUGCUGCAGAGGUGCAGCACGAAAUAGAAGAGAAUAAAGAGCAGCAGCAAUUGUUGGAGGAUGAAUUACAUCAACUGCAACAAAUAUAUAAUGAUAUAUAUAAAGAAAAAAAAGAAUCAGCAGCAGCAGCAGCAGCAGCAGCAGCAGCAGGAGCAGCAAUUUAUUGUUUAUGUACAGAUGCUGCCUUCUUAGAUACACCGCAAAUUCAUACAAUGGGAGAUGGGGAGACACUUGAGCAGCAGCAGCAGCAGCAGCAGCAGCUGAUGUUGGAGCAGCAGCAUAGAGCAAGAAUACAGCAGCAGCAAAUGCAGCUAAUGCAGCAGCAGCAGCAGCAGCAGCAGCAGCACCGCCGCCACCAAGGCAGCGGCAAUGCUGCAACGCACCCAAAGAAAACGAAGAAGAAAAGAUGCGGGGUCAUGUAA